AUGAGCAUUUUCAUUGUCAAAAUACUGAUCACUGGAAGCCUACCAACUCUUAUUGAUCAGAGCUUUUUCAUUCUACUUGGCUUGCACCUCUCUACUUUCUUUUAUUUUCACUCGAGGCAUGGAAAGAAUUUCUUAAACAAAAUAAUGAAGAGCGACACUCGUUUGGUUUUGCAAGAAACUUUCAAGGGCUAUGGCAAAGGCAUUAGUCUAUUAUCAUCCAUAAAUUAAGGCUUUAAGUUUGAGACUAACGCCAUCUACUUCAUCUUUGUAAUAGUGAUAAGAUGCUUAGCUUCAUCUUCAUUCAAGUUGCUAUUUUUAUCUAAAAUAGUGAAAAAGAAGGCCUUUAAGCUGAAAAAGACCAAGGUAAACUUCAUCUUUAAUGCCGUACCGACCAUCUGCAUAUAUAUUACACUACUCUUUGUAAGAAAUUGCUUGCCCACUAGCUUUCAUAAGUGCCUUGAGGAUAACAUCACCUUCUUCUUUAUCACAUUUAUGGCUAUCAGCAGACUUAUCCGUAGCUUUUGGAAAGUCCUGAACAUGAGAAAGCGCAAGGACAAGAAAAAAAUUAAGAAGCAACAAAAGAAGCUCCUCAAGAAAAAGCAGAAAGAGCAACUCAAGUUAAUUGAAUCACAAAUUGAGAUCAGUAAGGCUCAAGAGGCUCCUCUAAUAAAGUUACAGAAGCAAGAAAGUGAUGAUUAGCUAGGCUCUGCAACUACUGAGGCUGAUACACCUAUGAUAUCUGAGGAUGAUAAGAAGGGAAAUAAUGAUGAAAGUAAUAAUAUUGAGGAACUUGAGUUUUCACAUCUUUCCCCACAUAGAAAUUCUAGUCAUAACACCGUGCAUAAUAGAAAAUCAAAUAAGCGAUCAACGACAGAUUAGAGUAAUUCUGAUGAAAUCAAUGAAUUCGAUGAAUACUUAGGUUACCCUGUAAAUAAUACUACUACUAAGACUGGCUACUCUAACUCCUCCUCCUUUACUGAUAAACAUCAGAAAUCUAAGAUUGAAUGA